AUGCAUAUCUUGAGAUCGCUUGUGCCAGGACUCUACCUCGUCAGCUCCAUAAUUGCCGUCAAAAUUCCUCUGAGUACUCGUGACGCUGCCCCGAAUGAAAACAUCGGCGAGGAGAAUAGUCUCCCACAGCUAAAACCAGAGUCCGGGGUCGCUUCGUGGGAAUCCAGUCUAACUCCGUCUCAGUACGAUGAAGCUGCAAGACAGGCAUUAGCGAAAAGACAAGAAACACCAGCUGAAGUCCAACGCUAUGCUGUGGUGCCUAGAGACGGUAAAGACUCUUCAGGGACAACUCAGACCGAGCAACUCCUCCAGAAACUCGUAGGAAGUGAAAAUGUCAACAAGGCUUUCGUUUGGAAAGAAGCUGUUCAAUGGUGGGCAUGCAAUAUGACUUCUGAGCAGGUUGACGAGGCUGGCAAAUAUGAAGGCGUACGUUCUAUCGAAAGGAUUGCGAAGUCGGCACCAAUGCACAGCAUCCCUCCUCAUACGGCCAGAACGGCCCCCAUACUGGACAAAUAUCCGGCAUCGAAAUUGAAAAGAGAUGCAAGCCUCUUAAGCCAGAAUGAUGCUGUUGCCGAGUUGAUAGCCGUUAGCCAGCCUAGUACGAUUCCGGAUAUCAAAAAGCUUAAGCACUACGUCCACGAUUCUGACAGCGGGAAGAACAGCUUUAUUUAUCAUAUCGGAGCAGGAGUCAACUACAAGAAACACGCUAAUGAGUUCUCUAAUUUGGUUCCUGACGAUCAACACCUACAAAUCUCAAGAAUAAAAGAUUGGGGUUUGCCUCCUUGGGUUGACCAUUCUUUGGAUAUGCACAGCACGUGUACGGCAAACAAGGCGGUUGGCACUAACUACGGUGCAUCAAAACAUGCCAAGUUGGUUGUUGUCAAAAUGUUUCUGCAAGAAUCAGAUGAGAUAAUCGAAGCACUUGCUGAAGUUGCUCAGGAUAUUCGAGCAAGGCCAGAGAGGCGAAAGAAAUCUGUAGUGACCAUGUCAAUGGGUCUUACAGAGCGAAACCCAUUUUGGGGAGACAAGCUGUCAGAAGUCAUCAGAGACCUCUUCAAACUAGAUGUCCCAGUAAUUGUGCCAGCUGGAAAUGAAGCUGGCGAUCCAAACCGCCAACAUGUUGAUAGUUAUCCUGCCCUAUUCUCGAACUUCAAUUUCCCGUUAGUCGUGGUCGGGUCUGCGGACUACGACGGCUCCCGAUCGCCAUUCUCUCAGGCUGGCCCGCAUCUUACUGUACAUGCCGUUGGGAAUGGAGUGACCUGCUUACCCAACGACGAUAGUACACCGGUUUCAGACCGGAAGGGCACUUCCUUUGCUGCACCAGUUGUGGCGGCUCAGGCUGCCAACCUUCUGUCGUACGACACCGUCCCGUUCGAUACUAGUGACGGAGACUUGGUUGCAAAUCUCUGGAGUUACCUGCAGUCACCAGCGUCUAGUUGGGCCAGAGUACCAGGUGUCUCGAUGAUUUGGAACGGAGUACAAGAAAAUAACAAUCCAGCGGAGGCAGCACCACCACCUUCACCACCUCCGCCACCGCCCCCACCAGUACAACAAUGCAACGGAGUAGCGAGCAAAAAGUAUGUAACCCGCGACACCGUAGCGAAGAACGUUCUAGAAUUCUGCUCCAUGGCAAUCAAGCAAGGCGGUCCAGAUCCGAACUCAGGAUCGAUCGGCCGCGAGUUUAAUACAGACACUGUGGAACAGCUUACUAUCUAUUUAGAUAUACCACCAGGAAGUCCAAUGCCAAGUGAGGAAGAUUGUAAAACUCAUCUUCUUUCGCUCGUCGAUAAUUGCGACGGGAACGACCCGCAGAAUCCUAAGAAUUAUAAAGCUGGCGGUUCGCUUACUAUUGGGACAAAUGUGUAUCAUAUUACGCCAAUAAGAGCCCACAAGCCGAUGCCCGAAGAUGUGAAGGUGGCUUUAACUGCUUGUCAAUUUUUGGGUAUUUGCUAA